UUGUUUACACCUACAUGCCGGUCAAGUCCAGACAGACAGAAGAGGCUGCAGCAAACUUCACUCUUCUGCGCUUGUUGGAACAAAAACAUGUUUGUGCUCAGCUUUAUCUUGCUGUUUGGAGUCUCCCAUGCCUCGGACCCCGCAGCGGCUGCUCCUCCUCCUGCUGUCCAGCUCGGAACGCCGUCGCUCGGCUACAGCUCGUCGGUGCGCUCGGUGUGUAAACCCAUCCCGAGCAGCCUGUCUCUGUGCCACGGGAUCGGCUACAGACACAUGCGGAUCCCCAACCUGCUCGGCCACGACACGCUGCGGGAGGCCCAGCAGCAGUCCGGUUCCUGGCUGCCUCUCAUCUCCAAGCUGUGCCACCGGGACACCAAGAAGUUCCUGUGCUCGCUGUUCGCUCCGGUGUGUCUGCCGGAGCUCAGCGGGCCGGUGAGCCCCUGUAGGAUCCUGUGUGAGGCCGUGAGAGACGGCUGCUCUCCGGUGAUGAGCGCCUUCGGGUUCCCGUGGCCGGAGAUGUUCAACUGCAGCCGGUUCCCACGAGGCACCGAGCUGUGCAUCCCGGUAACCGGAGAGCAGGAGGGGAGGACGGCGGAGGAGGUCAGGCACGAGGAGGCGGUGAAAGGGAGUGUUAUCUGUGAUGCCUGCAGCCUGGCUGCUGAAGGAGAGACUGACAUCCAGGAAAACUUCUGCCGCAGUCCAUAUGCGUUUAAGAUGCGUCUGGGCAGUGUGUCGGUGGUGGGAGGGGACCGCCAGCUGGUGCCUACGGCCCGCAGCCGCAUCCUGAGGUGGGCAGGGGGAGGUGCAGAGAGGGCAGAAGGGGUCGGAGGCGCAAUGGCCCACAACGCUUUGUGGCUGCAAGAAGGAGGCACCUGUACUUGUCCAGGCUUAGACUCUGCAGAGACAAACGAAGACGGGGGGUUAGAGGAGGAACAGAUGGAUAAGAGACAAGCUAAAGAAGGGGCGCCGAGUGGAUGGUACCUGGCCCUGGCUCAGGCUGAAGAGGGACGACUGGUGCUGACUCGACUGGUGAGGUGGACCAGAGGGGACAAAGAGCUGAAGAAGUUCAUCAGAGCUCUCCUCAAACAGUCUUGUCCAGAGCUGUAGACAUAGGGAGUCAUCAACCAUCGCAGUCCUGCCCCAUGGACGCUGCUUUGUGGUCGUAUGCAGCCUGUAACUGAGUGCUGCCUCAUUGAAUAAUGAUAAAUAGUUGCCAAAUAACACUGAAAUUAACCAGAUUAGUUCGUAGUUAUCUGUAAAGCUGCAUAGUGACCACGUUCUUGAUGAAUUGUUCCUGAUUAACUCUGAAAAAGGUGCUAAAUCCCACACACUCAAUAACCAAUCAAGUCUUCCUGACUAAGUACGUAUUAUUUUGUGUCCCAUCAAGUAAAGCAGUGCAUCAUAUUGAUAAGCAAGAUUUUUUUUUUAAGUGAAUGAUUAUUAAACAGAGAGCUGGUGUUUGUGUAUAUUAUUGUAGUUACCAUGGCAAUUACCCAAUUAUUCUGGAAAUCUCCCGCAGGCAGUGAUGGUAAGGCAUUGUUACAAAAGUUACGUAUACAAAAUAGUGCAAAAGUUGAUAGAAUUCCAACUGGGGCAAUAUUUGUGUAUUUCUUUUUGUAUUUUUUGUGUACAUUUGUGUAUAUAGGAGAGACCAAAUAUAACCCAUUAAUCCAAGUCAAAGUGUUUGAUAAUGACUACAGGGUUUAGGCUGAUCUGAUCAUUUUCUAUUGAUACAUAUUUGGGUUGAAGCUGUGUAAGUGUUGUUAUUCCUGUAUGUAAUGAUUAUACUACCUAUCCUAUCAUUUGAUACACAUUAAGCAUACACCAAAUGAUAGACCUGCAAGUUUUUAUUGCCUCGUAUUAUAUCAUUUUGUUUCAGUAGUUUUAUGCGUGAAAUCACAUGUUAUGUUGUGAAGUCACGUCAACAGAGAAUCACUGAAAGGAAAGAACGGGGAAAAUAAAUCAGUUAGAUCUUAAUGUUGGUCUUUAUUUUUGCAUUUUAUUACAUUUAUUUGUUCCUAACGUAACUCUACUGUAGGUUUUUACAUAUUUGGUUGUUUUUAUUUGAACAAACUUUAAUAAAAUAAAUGUAUUCAUGUCA